AUGACAGUGUGGUUUGAGUUUAUAGAUAAAGAUGGACGUCCGUUUUGCGUAAGUAGGCAGCUACGAGCGCAAGCAGAAAUACAACUUUCUAGCAACGAAAGGAUCAGUACUGACAAUGAAGAAGUGCAGACAGAUUUACAAGCAGUAGUGGAGACACCCGAAAGAGAAACUAGAGCAUCGUUUCAACUAUGGCAAAAUGAAAGAAAAGAUGUAUUAAUGAAAAACUGUGCUUGGGUUCAAGGAGACUUACAGUCUGCAAGUUUUUCGUUUCCAGAAGAAGAUUAUUCUAGACGUCAUCGAAAGAACCACGGACGCCUUAAGUGGAACUGGGCAGGGCACUUAGCCAGACACACACAUGUUGGACGGGUGGGACAAGACGUUAUUAUGGGAAUGGAGGCCCAAGAAAUUAUAAAAGAUGCCGAGGACGACCACCGACUUGAUGGACCCGAUGACAUUAAACUGUGUAGCGGGAAAAAAACGGGCUACAAGCGGCCCAGUGUAAGAGAACACUGGAAAGACUGA